CCGGGCCUAAUUGGGUGUGCAGUUUAAGAGAGGUUGCAUGAGAGCAGUGAGCGUCUCUGCAGCGAUGCUCCUGGUCCUCCUCCUCCUGCACGCCUCCUGCUGCUGUUGCUGCUUCUCCUCUGUCGCCGCCACGCCGUGGAGGAUGGAGCUCUACCACAACAACAACAACAACAACAACAACUGCACCGAGCACAUACCGGACUACCGCAGCACGCACAACAACAACAACAACACGAUGAUGAUGAUGAUGAAGAACAACAACAACAACAACAACAACAACAACAGAGCAACAACAGGUGGAAGGACAGACAAGUCACUCACACACAGCGCCUCGGAGCUGAGCUGCCGGGAGCUGCGUUCCACGCGCUACGUGGCAGACGGAGCGUGCCGCAGCGCCAAGCCGGUGAAGGAGUUGGUGUGCUCGGGCGGCUGCCUGCCCUCGCACAUCCUGCCCAACUCCAUCGGCCGCGCCAACUGGUGGAGGAGCGGCGCCUCGGACUACCGCUGCGUCCCGGCGCACUCGCGCACCCGCCGGCUGCGGCUGCACUGUCCCAACGGCAGCACCCGGACUUACAAGGUCCGCGCCGUCACCUCCUGCAAGUGCAAGCGCUUCCGGCAGCACCACAACCGCUCCGAGGCCAAGGUGGUCCCGCGCGGGAAGAAGGACGGCCGCCCGGCUCGGGAGCGCGGCAAGAACGCUACGCCUCUGACCGGCAACUCGUACUGACGGCCGAGGGCGAAGACCAACACGGCGCCUUCUGGAAGAGGACACUUUCAACUCCACAGUUCAUAAGCUAACUGCUGGCUUGACUUUCACAUGCCGGACCUUCCAAGUCAGGACGAGGAGACGUGAGUCAGGACUCUGGACUCUGAUAUAAACCUGUGACCAAGCCACCCGCUAGCUUUAAGGCGCUCCGAAGGAACUGGAAUCCAUCUGCUUCUGCCUAGACGGGACGCUGGCAGCUCGGGGUGGGGGGUACUGUCAUGCUGGGGCGGGGGAUACUGUCAUGCUGGGGAGGCU